AUGUCGUCUUCUUCAGACAAAACAGAUCCAUGCAAACCGGAAGCCUGUGCUAUCCAGGAUUGCUUACAACAAAAUAAUUAUAAUGAAUCAAAAUGUUCUAAGAUAAUCGACAACCUAUACUUAUGCUGCAAGAAGUAUUAUGAGAAGAAUGGUAGCGAUAAGCAAACAACAUGCUGUCCAAAAUUCAACCUCUUGCAAUUAAAGCUUAAACAGAGGGAAUUGGGCAAAAUCGAUGCUGAAAUGGUCGACCUGCGUAAGGGAUAA